AUGAAAUCUACUUUACUCUUGAUUACCACGGCGUUUACGUUUACCCAGGCUCUGGCCUGGCAAGCACCUCAUCCUCUUCCUUGGUCGCGUCCUGGUCCUGGCGCUGUGCGAGCACCCUGUCCUAUGCUGAACACCCUUGCAAAUCACGGUUUCCUUCCCCACGACGGCAAAAACAUUUCGGAAGCGCGUACUGUCCAAGCCCUGGGCCGGGCUCUGAAUAUUGAAAAGGAACUUUCCCAGUUCCUGUUUGAGAAAGCAUUGACGACAAAUCCUCAUACCAAUGCUACAACUUUCUCUCUCAAUGACCUCAGUCGGCACAAUCUCUUGGAGCACGAUGCCAGCUUGAGUCGUCAGGAUGCUUAUUUCGGAGAUAACCACGACUUCAACCAGACCAUCUUCGACGAAACUCGAUCGUAUUGGCCUCACCCCGUUAUCGAUAUUCAGGCCGCUGCGCUAUCCCGUCAGGCUCGGGUGAACACAUCUAUUGCCAAAAAUCCUACUUAUAAUAUGUCUGAGCUUGGCUUGGACUUCAGUUAUGGCGAAACCGCAGCCUACAUCCUUAUCCUUGGAGACAAGGAUUUCGGAAAGGUCAACAGAUCCUGGGUCGAGUAUCUCUUUGAGAACGAACGCCUCCCUGUGGAACUUGGCUGGACUAGACAUAACGAGACAAUUACAAGCGAUGACCUUAACACGAUGCUCGAGAAGGUCGUCAACACUACCUCGACUAGCUACAACAAGCGCAGCGAGAUUGUCCGACGUGGAGGUAUGCAUACUGAGACCUGGCAUACCUGA